UCUUCUCAAUUCUGUUCAACAAAACUAGCUUCUCCUCGUUGUCAUCUCUAUAACAACUCUCUCUGAUUGUUAGGGUUUGAUAUAGAGAUAAGAAGAUCAGAGAGAUGGCUUCUCAAAUUCUGAAAACCACUUUCUUUGCACCUCUACAUUCUGCACAUGGCUUCUACAACUCCUCUGGGCUAAUAAACUCUGCCGCUUAUUUGCCUUGCGACAAAAAAAAGUUUAGAGGAUUAGUGGUAGCUGCCGUGGAAGGUAACAAAAAUGAUGAAAAGGAUAUUCAAGUGAAUGGAGAGCAAUCGAAAGGGAUGAUUAACAAGAAUGAUGAGUUGUCCAAAUCUCUGAAUUUCUCUGGCGAAAAACCAGUUACUCCAGUUUUAGAUACCAUCAAUUAUCCCAUGCACAUGAAAAAUCUGUCCAUCGAGGAGCUUGAGAAGUUGACAGAAGAACUCCGUGAGGAGAUCGUGUAUAUGGUGUCGAAAACGGGGGGGCACCUGAGUUCAAGCUUAGGCGUGACGGAGUUAACAGUUGCGCUGCACCAUGUGUUCAGCACCCCUCAAGACAAGAUCAUUUGGGAUGUUGGCCACCAGGCGUAUCCGCAUAAGAUACUAACAGGGAGGAGGUCAAGAAUGAAUACAAUUCGACAGACAUGCGGCCUUGCUGGUUUCCCAAAGAGGGAUGAGAGCGUACAUGAUGCUUUCGGGGCAGGGCAUAGUUCUACUAGCAUCUCUGCUGGCUUAGGAAUGGCUGUUGGCAGAGAUUUGUUAGGGAACAGCAACACUGUGAUCGCCGUCAUUGGGGAUGGUGCAAUGACGGCUGGACAAGCCUAUGAAGCAAUGAACAAUGCCGGUUACCUUGACUCUAAUCUCAUCGUUGUCCUAAAUGACAACAGACAAGUUUCCCUUCCGACUGCCACAGUGGACGGCCCUGCUCCUCCUGUUGGUGCUUUGAGUAAAGCCCUAACAAGGCUACACUCAAGUAGAAAAUUUCGCCUGCUUCGUGAUGCAGCAAAAGAAGUGACCAAAAAAAUGGGAGAUCAGACACACGAAGUUGCAGCGAAGUUUGAUUCAUUUGUGAGAACUGCAGCUGGUGGUGAAAGAGCUACUUUGUUUGAGGAACUAGGACUCUACUACAUUGGUCCAGUUGAUGGUCAUAAUUUGAAAGACCUAGUAUAUAUUUUCCAAAAAUUGAAGUCAAUGCCAGAACCAGGUCCUGUUCUAAUUCAUAUCAUUACGGAGAAAGGAAAGGGCUAUCCUCCUGCAGAAAUUGCUGCUGAUAAAAUGCAUGGUGUUGUGAAAUUUGAUCCAAUUACUGGAAAGCAGCUCAAGAGCAAAUCAGAUACACUUUCAUACACACAGUAUUUUGCUAAUGCUCUGAUUGCUGAAGCAAAUAAUGACAAAAAGGUAGUAGCUAUUCAUGCUGCCAUGGGAGGAGGAACUGGACUUAACUCGUUUCAGAAACAUUUUCCUAGUCGAUGUUUCGAUGUUGGGAUAGCAGAACAACAUGCUGUUACUUUUGCUGCUGGCUUAGCAACUGAAGGCCUCAAACCCUUCUGUGCUAUUUACUCUUCUUUUCUCCAAAGGGGUUAUGACCAGGUAGUUCACGACGUAGAUCUUCAAAAAAUCCCAGUGAGGUUUGCCAUGGACAGAGCUGGCCUUGUCGGUGCAGAUGGUCCAACACAUUGUGGGGCAUUUGACACAACUUUCAUGGCUUGUUUACCUAACAUGGUGGUCAUGGCACCAUCAUGUGAAACAGAACUCAUGCACAUGGUGGCAACAGCUGCAGCUAUCGAUGAUCGUCCUAGUUGUUUCAGGUAUCCAAGAGGUAAUGGCAUUGGAUCAAUUCUGCCACCAAACAACAAAGGAACUCCUCUAGAGGUUGGGAAAGGAAGGGUGAUAAGGGAGGGAAGUCGAGUGGCUGUUUUAGGAUAUGGAACAAUAGUACAAAGUUGCCUGGCAGCAGCACAGCUUCUGGAAGAGCUUGGCAUUUCAAUAACUGUGGUGGAUGCGCGGUUCUGCAAGCCUCUUGAUGGAGUUCUGAUCAGGGAACUGGCCCGAGAACAUGAAGUACUGGUCACUGUUGAAGAAGGAUCAAUUGGAGGAUUUGGAUCUCACGUUUCACAUUUCUUGAGCUUAAAUGGCUUGCUUGAUGGAAAUCUCAAGUGGAGGGCAAUGAUGCUUCCAGACAGGUAUAUUGAUCAUGGUGCUCAGAAAGACCAAAUUGAAGAAGCUGGGCUUAGUCCAAAGCAUAUUGCAGCCACUGUUUUGUCACUCAUUGGCGAGUCUAGGGACAGCCUUCACCUCGCCAACCUAUAAUUGAAUGUACUCUCUAGCCUCUAGUUAUGUUCCUUCUCAAAUAUUACUACCCAGAAUGCGGUUCAAGUUUGUUAGUAACAUGGUUAAAAUGUGAUCACAUUUCGAUCAGCAUACCUUAUGAUUAAUGCUUGUAUCUUGUAUUCAUCAACUGAAAUAAUUGGCAGUUCUUGUUUAUGUA